CACACAAGAGCAUUAUUGCGGCUGCCAAGAGAACGUAGCACAGCUCGGCCCUGUACCGAAAAACCACCGUUCGGGCCUGACUCUGUUGCCGAUGAUUUCACCAUCCACAGCGCUGCAGCCAGUUCGAGAUAGCGCAGACACAACCACACAGCACCGCAGAGAGAGAGCGAAUAGCAAACCCCAUCGCCUCAUCACGUCUUUGCACCGCUUGUGCACCAAAAACAACCCCCUAGAGUAGUGUCGUCGGUCGGUUGAAAUUUUGCGAGAGAAAACUCACCCCUCCACCCCAUAUCAGCACCCAAGCGAAAGAGAGCCAGUGAGAGCAUAAAACAGCGCACAGCUCUCACUACGGGCAGACCGCGGACCAAGGGUAGCACAGUUUUGACGUCUUCGCACACAACACAUUCGCUCCUACCUACACUGCGAAAGUUUACGUGAAUUCCGCAACGCAAAGAGUGUACAAAUUUGCUGUGUCCCGUGGUUUUGGCUCGUGCAAACCGGGGGUGAAAUUCGAACGUAUUACCAUCCUCCUGCUGCAUCUUUCCGGUUCCGGUGAGGGAGGGUGGGAUGUAAAGUGAACGCGACAGCAGCAGCAGCAGCAGCAAUACGCCGAAACCGUAUAGCCUGUGUGCGCUCCCCGUACACACAACAGCAGCACACAACACGACGGACUCCGGCCUGCCGGAACCGAUUCUCCUCGUGUGUGCGUGUGUGCCAGGGUUAGCUGCGCUGCUCAUCGAUUUUUUUGACCGUGUGUCCGUCGUGGUGUGUCGCUGUCCGUGUUCCCGGGACCGUAGUUUCGUGGCGCUUGCAACCAAUUCAGGGACCCACCGAAAAGGCAGCUGUGCUAGUGGUGCAAUUGACGGUCAGUGACGGCACUUGAGGGUGCACUUGUGUUUUCGGUGGCUUUGUUUUCCCUGUGCGAGAGCAGAUUUGUCUUUAUGGACCUGAUGGAGAGUGACAAUGGGACCUGAUUAAAACGCACUAUGUUUCGCGGGACAACAUAAGAGUUGUGCGUAAUGUGUGAAUGGAAAAAAAAACGUGUCUUUCUUUUGCUACCUACAUGAGAGUGGCAAACGUUUUGUGUAAAACAAACACUUGUUCAAUUAUCUUUUUUCGGUGCAUUUCCACUUGGAUGUGUUAGUGUGGUUUCGGUCUGUUACGUUGAUUGCAUGGUGCUUCUUUUUGGUAUUUUUUUGUUUUGUUCGCAACCCGUUUUACGUGUACUUGGUGCAUUGAGCAUUGGCGUCAAUCAUUAUUAUAAGAAAAAGAUUAAUUUAAUUAAACAUGUUCUUUGCAAUGCACUGAAAACAGUUCAAUCAAUACCUAAUUUUGCUGUUUUGUGUGACUGUGGGUUUUGCCGGUCUGAGAAAUCUUCGCGCGAUAAAUUCUACCCGAUCGGCAUACCCCAUCCCAGGCCACCUUCUGAUACCGGCUUUUCCCUUUCAUCAAUGCAAACAGAAGCGUCGUGGAGUGGUUCUAUCUAUCGCAGUGGGAAGGAUGAAGGAGCAAGGGUCAGAGUGUUCCAUACGGUUGUUUGCUGCAUUUCCAAUAUCGCACACCUGUGGUGCAGGCUGACAAGGGUGGUAUGCGCUCCUCAUGGUGCUACAAGCGUGGCACCUUCUAUUUAUUUACUUGAGAAGACUAUUUAAAGAAAACCACAGCCGAGAUCAUCGAACGAGCACGGCCGUAUGUAAAACGUGCAAAAAUAUCGACGCACACCCAUUAGCGCCAUGACGUGGUGUGGUACAGCUGAGAGAGCGUGUACGAGCGCGAGAGAAUUGUAUGCGCGAGAAAACAAGCAUGAGCGUAUGCUGCAGAACAUGCAGGACGGUGUUCAAUGGAGCUACUUAGUGUUAAAUAUCCAACCGACUUUGAUUAUUUAAACAUUUGUUAAAUUCUAAAACAAUCGUUUCAUUUUUAGUCAAAGUUAUGAAACAUUCUUUUACAGCGUGGCCCUAAUUUAAUAAUAAUCGAAAAAUAGUAAAACAUCGGUUAGUCUAAAACAUGCAAACUAAGCGAGAGAUAAAGCAAAAGAAUUUUUUAUAAACAUUUAUAGUGAAAGUGCUUAUAUAAAUCGUGGUGGAUCAUUUUUUGUCUUCAUUGUGUACACCGAAAAUGAAAAUUCUACAACACAUUACAACGACAACUUAAGAAGCAAACAACUGUAAACAUUUCAACAUACAAUAAAAAAGUUUCAGUUCACAUUCACUCCACUCUUCGGAUAGCUAUUCUUGGGUGUUUUUGGAUCGCAUUUCACCUAUAAACUCAUCGUAAGGAUGUCGAAAAAGGACACGGCUACGUUCUUUUCGCAAGGUACAUCGGCACAGUUUGACUACGUCCUUGCCCUGUACCCACAGGUGCUGAAGCUGAAAGCGGAAAACAAAUGCAAAAAACCAGACGAGCUGAUCCGCCUGGACGACUGGUAUCAAAACAAACUUCCCCAGCUAAUCAAGAAGCGGGGCAAAGAUCAGUACAUGGUACACGAGGAGCUGGUCAAAACCAUGAAAUGGAAGCAAACGCGCGGCAAGUUCUACCCGCAGCUAUCCUAUCUGAUCAAAGUAAACACACCCCGGGCGGUGCAAACGGAAACGAGGAAAGCUUUCCGCAAGCUGCCCAACCUGGAACAGGCCAUUACAGCACUAUCGAAUCUGAAGGGCGUCGGCACAACGAUGGCGUCUGCCCUGCUAGCUGCAGCCGCUCCUGAAAAUGCCCCCUUUAUGGCAGACGAAUGUCUGAUGGCAAUACCUGAAAUCGAGGGCAUCGACUACACAACACGGGAGUAUAUGAACUUCGUGCAACACAUCCAGACCACGACGGAUCGACUGAAUCGCGAAUGUCAUCCAGACGACAGCUCGGCCGAACAGCCGUCCAGCAGCAGCAGCAGAACACUUCCUUCCAAGGGCACGUCAGGCAACGGCACAUCCAGUAAAGAUGGCGACACGGACGACGAUAGUUCGACCUCUUCCAAUGAUGAUUCGUUGAGCGCGACACCUCCAAAAAAGAACAAACUCGAAACACCGAAACCAGCACUCAUGCCUCACGAGAAAACAUGGACACCUCAUAAGGUGGAGCUAGCGCUCUGGACACAUUACGUUGCCAGUGAGUUGCAGCCGGAUCUGCUAGAGCACAUACCGGAAGAGUCCAGCAAAUCUGCCACCGACGAAGCACUAAAAGAUCCUAACGAAACCGUGCAACCUGCAGAACCGGACGCAUCUAAGGCAAGCAAUGGAAAUUCCACUAUCAAAGUCGUUGGGCAGCAGCAAAGCAGUAAUCACGUGCUUGAGGAUCCUUCCGAUGAGAGUAACUGCGACACAGAGCACGGUAAAAGUGCACUCGGUUCGGACGAAUCCUCCAAGGAUCAUAAAUUUGGGCAGGAUAGCCUGGAUGACUGCACCAAGUCGGAAGACAGUAUGGAACGGCCUACCACCACUAUAAGUAACACCGGCAGUAGUUUAACCUCUCUUUCUGCCAAUGUGCGAAGGAAGACUUCGAAAAAUAGUGCAAGGUAUGGAGCAAUAGCGGCAGUCAGCGACGACUCGUUGAGCAGUUCUAAACAAUCGAUUGACGACGAAGGAAACAGUUCCGGUGAAGAGAAUGAUCAGACGAUUCCACCUCCCGGCAAAAAGACUAAAGUUGGUUAAUGGUAGUGAGCGGUACGCUAGUGCUAAGUAGAGUAUACUAUUCGCAAUGAUACGCUCGAUACCUGUAGAUUGUGUAGAUGAUUUUUCGGUCAAUUGAAAAGUAGUAAUGUUUCUGUUUUUGGUUCCGUCAUGUUGCAACAUCAUUUCUGACUAGUUGUUUCAGUGAGAGAUAACGCUCGGCUGAAUUAUUUAUAAUAAAAUAUUAAACUUCGAAUGUUUUCUCUAGUGCUACAUAAUCUACCAAUAUUUUAGGCUCCUACUGCCAUAAACAUUCCACCUAAGUUUGGAUGUUACUCAGCGUAAUGAUUAAAUUUUGUGUUGGCUUCGAUACCUCCGCCGUUGUUAAUUACUAUCAAGCAACAAACAAACAUAACAAAUCUAAAUAUUACUUUAUUUAUUCAAACGAUCAUUAUAAUUAUUAAAGUUGAUUUGAUAUAUCUAUGUACGAUUUAUCCUUGUAAAUCCGUUAGUCGUAUGACAUCAUUUAUAUGAAUAACUUUGAAAUGCUUCGUUUAUUUAUUAAACAACCAAAUAAACCUAUCAUUGUACUGUGUAGAUAUAGACACAAGAAAGCUUAGAAUCUAGCAAUCAAACUAACGUUAGCUACCACAAACAUAAAAACAUGUACAUCUGACGAUAAAUUCACUGAAAAUGGUGAAAACGCCUGAAAGACAAGCUUCUAUAGACCGGAUGAAAUCACAAACAGCCUUUAACAUAAGAAUAAUGAUGUUCAAAUCGUCAUUCAAACUGCAAGCAAGUUGAUAAUAGAACACACAUACAAAAAUUGAUUUAAACUGAAAAAACUAAGUUAAAAAACUUUAACAAGUAAAAAAUCACAUAUAUUUGAUUAGAUUAAAAAAAAUCAAAAACGCAAAUUGUAUAAACUAAUCUGAUAUCAUUCAGAGGAAGUAAAGGGAAAUAAAUUAAUUUGGAAUGCAAUAAAUUUGGUUCGAGUCUGUA